AUGGAAGUCACAAGAAAGAAUUUUGAUGAGGUUUUAUCAACAUUACCAGAUGUAUUUAACAAAGCUCAAUUUUUGGCUAUUGAUACUGAAUUUACUGGAUUGAAAGUAGAAGGAGCAAAUAAUAAUAAUAAUUAUUAUGAUGAGUUCGACGAUUUAUACUUGAAAAACCGGCUAAAAGCAGAAACUUUUAUGGCUAUACAGUUUGGAAUCGUAGCAUUUUUUUACGAUGAAAAAUCAAAAAAGUACACACAUCAAGGAUUUAAUUUUUACAUUUAUCCAUCUACUCAUUCAGAUGUUAAUUUUACUUGUCAGAGUAAAUCCAUUGAAUUCCUUGCUAAAAAUGGAUUUGACUUUAAUACAUUGUUUUUACAUGGUAUUCCUUACCUUAAAGAAUCUGAAAUGGCAAAACUACUAGACAGGUUACAGGAAAAACAUGAUAGGAUUAGUUCAUCGGAAAAUUUUAAAAUAAUUGAAACCCCACCUGAACACUCAGAGUUAAUUAACAAAAUAUUAAAUGAAAUCGAUGAAGUUUUAAAAGAGAAAACUAAAAAAAAAAUUACAAUCGAAAAGAAUAACAGUUAUAUAAGAAGACUAAUUUACAGUGCUGUCGAGGCAAAGUAUGGUAAAAAAAUAUUAUUAGAAUCUAAUAAAAAUGAAACCAUGACUGUUUUCGUCGGUUACAGUCCUGAAGAAAUUAAAAAUCUUCGAGAAGAAAAUUUUUCAAAUGAAAAAAAAAAAAUUUUAAACGAAUCAGGUUUUACUCGAGUGAUAAAAUUAAUGAUUGACUCGAAAAAGCUAAUAAUUGGUCAUUAUUUGCUGUUGGAUAUUUUAUUUACAAUUAAACAAUUUCUUUCUCCUCUGCCGAAUUCUUAUUCAGAAUUUAAGGAAUUAUUGCAUUUUUUAUUUCCUAAAAUUAUCGAUACCAAAUACAUGGCAUCCACUCAUGAUUUUAAAGGUUUGAAAGAUACUUCUUUGCCUAAUGUAGUCGAAUAUUUUAAUACUCUGGGAAAAAUACCUGAUGUUAGUACAAAUGAUAAUGAACAAGGGUAUACCUUAACUGAAAAAAAAUUUCAUGAAGCAGCAUAUGAUGCUUACAUGACUGGACUUGCUUUUUUAGGAAUAUCAAAUUCUUUAGAAUCAUUGAAAGUUUUUGAAAAUUUACCAGAUUCAUCAUUUUUAAAACCUUAUCUUAACAAACUUAAAAUUCAAAGAAUAUUUGAUAUUCAUUGUAUGAAUAUCGGUGGAAAAGAUGAAGAACCUGAUAGAACCGGAGUUUAUCAUUUAAGUUUUCCUAAAGAAUGGAAGAGAGAACAUAUAUCUGAACUGUUUGUUAAUUGUGGGUACAUUUCGAUCUCAUGGAUAAAUGACACUUCGGCAUUUGUCAAAGUUAACGAAGAACAUUUAAUUGAAGUUAAAAAAAUCAUUUCGAAUUCGAAUUCUACGUAUAACUUACGUACUUACAAUGACUUUCGUGCGUUAAGUAAUAAAAAUGCUGACGAUAAAGUUAAUAAAAAAUUAAAAAUCGAUAACGUUACGAACAAUACACACGAAUCUUCAAAUAAUACCGAUAAAAAAGUAUUAUCGAAAAAGAGACAAAUUGAAGAUUUGGGAGAAGUAAUUGCUAGGCCAGAGAAAAGAAAGUGCACAUCUUAG